AUGAGCACUGUAAGGGGCAACGGUGAGUCUGGCGGCGUCGGUGACGGUGAAGCUACAGCGGAGGGAGAAAACAGUUGCAAGCCGUAUCCAGUCCAGCAGGGAUCUUCCAGAUUUGUUUAUUUUAUUUUUAUUUUUUGUUAUGCUUGGCUUCGCCAUCGGUGUUGCGGAGUAUUCACGUUCCCAUUUCCUUUCAGUUUGGACACUGGCUUUGAGGUGGAUGAGAUUCUGCUUCUAAAUGAUGUGGAUGGGUUGGGCCCUCGAUCUAACCCAAGUUGGGCGGCACAUAUGGACGACGAAGACAGGGCGGAACAGGAGGUUGUCGAGAUGGACACUAGCGAGAUCGUCCCGAUCGCAGCCCUAGAAGAGUCGUCUAGCUACGGGGACUCUGUCGGCAUAGUCCUUACAGAGUUGCCCAAGAGACCUGCCGGCAUAGUCCCGCAGGAGGUGUCCAGUGUGGGCAACGCAGCCCUAGAAGAGUCGUCUAGCUACGGGAACUCUGUCGGCAUAGUCCUUACAGAGUUGCCCAAGAGACCUGCCGGCAUAGUCCCGCAGGAGUUGUCCAUUUUUCGGAACACGUCAGAAGAAUCGUCUAGCUACGGGAACUCUGUCGGCAUAGUCCUUACAGAGUUGCCCAAGAGACCUGCCGGCAUAGUCCCGCAGGAGUUGUCCAGUUUUCGGAACAUGUCAGAAGAAUCGUCUAGCUACGGGAACUCUGUCGGCAUAGUCCUUACAGAGUUGCCCAAGAGACCUGCCGGCAUAGUCCCGCAGGAGUUGUCCAGUUUUCGGAACACGUCAGAAGAAUCGUCUAGCUACGGGAACUCUGUCGGCAUAGUCCUUACAGAGUUGCCCAAGAGACUUGCCGGCAUAGUCCCGCAGGAGUUGCCCAGUUUUCGGAGCACGUCAGAAGAAUCGUCUAGCUACGGGAACCCUGUCGGCAUAGUCCUUACAGGGUUGCCCAAGAGACCUGUCGGCAUAGUCCCGCAGGAGUUGUCCAGUUUUCGGAACACGUCAGAAGAAUCGUCUAGCUACGGGAACCCUGUCGGCACAGUCUUUACAGGGUUGCCCAAGAGACCUGUCGGCAUAGACCCACGGGGACCUUUCAGGCGUGGCUCUGUAGGGUGGCGACCCUCAAGUUCUCGCCGUUGGGAGCGGUCCCAGCGGUGGAAAUUAGUUAAGUGUGUAAGCGAGCGUGGGGGCCUGAAGUUAUUAUCUAUUUAAAGGGUGGGGGUGGGUACCUCUGUUUUUCUUGUUUUAUUUUAGUUGUGUUUCGCUCCAUUUAGUGUCAGUGAAGUGUAAACUUGUUAUGUGUCAAAAAAUUAUGUUGAUUAGUCCCUUAUUGGCCUCGCCCACCAGUCCAUUGUUUGGUUAUUAUUUAGUAAAUUUGAAUAUACAUUAUUAGACUGGUUACUCUUGGUCUCCGUGACAACGCAGGGUUGAUUUCACUGUCAUGACACCCGGAAACUGAUACCUUUUUUAUUUUUCUAUUCAUGUUUCCCUGAGUGGGGGGGGGGGGAAGAUGUUUGGGUUGGUAUUGCCACCCGUAAAUAUAUAGAAAAAACAUGAUAAUUGUUGAAGUGUUGUUGUUAAAUAGUAGAAAUGCAAGCAUUGACAUUCUCAAGGUUAUUUCGUACUUGUACUGACGGUGUGUUUUCACGCGAGCGUAAUACGCCUGAUGUCGUAAUGGGUACACGUCGCCUCGCUGAAUACUGGGGGGGGGGGUAGUUGGCGGCAGGGCGAGGCAUUUAGAAUACUCUUAUCAGAUCCAGCUGUGAGCUCUUUCAGCCCACUUUUAUUUAUAUUUCUCUGAACAACCACUCAGGGACAUGUCAUCAUUGUAUAUUAUGCCGUUAGAAGAGGUAAAUUGUUGCAUGUCAUGAAUUGUGGGGAACUAUUGCAUGUCAGGAACCGUGGGAAACUGUUGCAUAUCACUCCCUGUGGUGUUAUUAUUAUUUAAAUAUUUGUAAUAAUUUAUGUUGUUAUUUACAGCCACCACUAUGGCGAUUGACAUAACUGGGCGUAACCCUUCAUCCUCCAGUUUCCAGUACAUUAUGUCAGUGUUUCUUUUCUGUAGCGUGUUUUGCUGUCUAUCCAUGCAUUUAUAAUGGACAAUUUCAGUGCUGAAGCUGUUUGCAGCUGAAAGCUGUCCAUGGCUAAAGCUUUGUGGACGGACUGGCUGGGCGAGCCCAUUAAUCUCUCAGCAUGAGACUGUGUACGGCAAUAUAAAGCAAUACUUAAAUGUUAGCAUUCUUUUUACAUUUUAUUUCAGACCAGGGAUCGCUGUCAUUUUAUGGAGGGUAUUACACUUUAAUUGGGGUACGCAUGCAUAUUAAAAUAUUCUGCGAAAACCGGCCAAUGGGUUAAAUAAGUUGUGGUCUAUCUAGGGUUGAGGCCCCCAUUCUGCGCACGUUGUGGCAUGCCUGUAGUUUUGAAACAAUUAGGUUGUCCCGACUUUGGGGAGUCUGGGCACUGUCAUAGUUCCGCUAAGUCGCUGCGUCUAGGCGUACAUCGCAUGGCAAAGGCGCCCUCCUUGAUUACGAAAGGGGCAUUGGGGUCCUAGAGAUAGUCAAUAUACUUCCUUGGGGUGCAUGGGACGGCUUGGGCGCAGUGGCUUUAGAGUACGUUGCAUGGCGAAGGCGCCCUCCUUGCUUACGAAAGGGGCAUUAGGGUCCGAGAGAUAGUCAAUAUACUACCUCGGGUGCGAUGGGACGUCUGUGGCGGACUGACUAUGACAUUCGGUGGGACGAUUCCUUUGUGAGUAUGGGGUCGUCCCAAAAAGAGAAAAGUGAGGGGAGUGUAGUGCCAGUGCCACGCCCCCCUGCAGAGUGGUACCCGGCUUGCGUCGUUCAUGUGACGGGACCAUGCUGCAUGAUGUGGAGCCACUGGGAUGGACGCAGAUGCCUGAAUGGAUGACCAUGCUCUCUUGCUACCGUGUCCGCGGACGUGUGCAGACGUGUUUCCUGAGGUGAGUAUUUCCAGGAGCAUAAGUGUGAGCCGGUAUGUAUUAGCCUGUGUAGAUGAGCCUGUGUAUGUGAGCCUGUGACCUGUAAGUAUUAGCGUGUGACUUAGUGUCUUGCCCGGGAGGUUUAGCCUGUGCGCGCGGUAAGUAUUACCAGAGGAUCAGUGGUGUGCAGCAGACGAUAGCAGACGAACGUUUCCCUCGAAGAGUGUACUGCCGAGGACGAAUGAUGCCAUCCUGACAAGGUUUCCAGUCGACGACCAUCAAUUUACCACAUACAUCGAGUUGAAUCUAAGAAUUAAUACUAACUACCACCACAUACAGUGUUCUUUUUCGACACGAUCGGUCCGCUAUCUGUUUCCAGAACAGAAAAGUAAAUUGACCUACACUUUGCUAGUAGCAGAUGGAGAUGACUGGUACUGGACAUCGAACUAAAUCCACGUUCAAAAUUGGUCGCACUAAAGUCUCAUCUGUAUUUCAACCGGCUUAAGAAAGUUUAUUGUAUGUCAACACGGCAUGUACGUCCGUUUUCUGCAAAAGGAAGGGCUCUUUAUGAAGAGAGAAUUGAUGACUUUAGGAAGCGCUGUUCUGCUUCAUGGCGCAAAGUGACUGAAAGUUUGUGCAUAGUAAGUAGUUUAACUUAUGAGAGUAAUGUUGGUGAAAUUAACCUGAUUGAACAGCAAUUACCUAUGAAAGUUACGUAAAAGUUAAAGACGAAUUUGAAGUGUACUUAAAAAAUGUGAAGUGAAGCAAGUCUUAAAGAAUUAUCGGCUCUCACUACAGACGUGUCGCUACAUGAAAAAGCAAAGUUACAUGCGCUGGAAAAGAUUUACCAAAAUAAACAAUCAAUAUUAAAAAAAGUCAUAUCCAGCAUGAAGCCAAACUCUGUCCAUGGUGGUGUGAAGACACACAGUUCGAGAUCCUCUAGCCGUAAGAGUGAACUCAUCGCAUUGAAACAAGCAGAAGCCGAAUCUGCCAAGAUAAAACUGAAAUAUACUCAACAAGAAGCAGCUCUUUUGAAACAAAAGGCAGAAUCAGAAGCGAAUCUUCAAGUUCUUUCACAGCAAAAAGCUUUU